AUGGCCGCAAUGACCACCGCCCUAGCAGGCGCAUUCCGCUCCGCGCGCCUCACAUACCGCGCAAUCGAAGACAUCGAAGCUGACAAGGCCUUCGUCUUCCGGGCCCUAAACAGCGACCCCGCCGCCCUCGGCAUGGCCUCCUUCGCCAUCCACCAGCCGUGCACGCGGCAAAAGAGCGACAAAAACAUCGAUACAGCCCUCAAGGCCUCGCUGCUCAGCGUCUUCAUCUGCCUGCCCAACAACGAGAACAAUGAGAAGGUCAAAGACCCACGCCGAUCGGCAUGCUCUUCCUGA